AUGCGCGCCGCGGACGUGUUUCGCGUGCUGGUCACGACCGACUCGCACCUCGGCUACAAGGAGCGCGACGCGACGCUCGGACAGGACGCGUUCGACGCGUUCGAAGAGUGCCUGCAGCUCGCGGAGCAGUUCGAAGUCGACCUGCUGCUGCACGCAGGCGACUUGUUUGACUCCGGCUCGCCCUCGCAGCUGACGCUGUACAAAACCUUCGAGCUGCUGAGCCGUUACUGCCUGGGCCAGAAGCGGCACGCUUUCGUGCACGAACGCGCGCCGAACGCGCGGCCGCUGAACGUGGACCUGUCGCACAAAGUCUCGGUGAAGCUGCCGAUUUUCACCAUUCACGGCAACCCCGACCCGCCGCUGGCGCUCGGCGGGCAGCGCGUGUCCUCGAUCGACGUGCUCGCGCAGCUAGGGCUGCUCAACGACGUCGGACACGCCUUCCGGAACGCAGAGACCUCGCUGGUGCAGCCGGUGGUACUCCGCAAGGGCGCGAGCGCGCUGUGCCUGUACGGCCUCAGCCACACGCGCGACGAGGCGCUGAACGAGUUGCUGCGCAGCGGGCGGCUCACGUUCCUCGCGCCGACGGACCGCGAGAACUCGUUCUGCGUGCUGCUGCUGCACCAGAACCGCUUCCAGAAUGGCUGCGCGCUGAAGAAGGCGAUGUGCUUGGACCAGACGCUGAUCCCGCAGUUCAUCGACUUGGUCGUGUGGGGCCACGAGCACGAGUGCUGCAUCGUGUUCGCCAAGAGCGAGAACGGCAGCUCUUUCGUGACGCAGCCGGGCUCGACCGUUAUCACGGCGCUGCGGCAGCCGGAGACGGUGCCGAAGAGCGCGCUGCUGCUGGAGCGGUUUAAUGGCGUCGACUUUCUGCAACAUACGCGCAACUAUUGGUGGGCUUCGUAUGUCGGGACCGCCAUCUACCUGCUCGCUUUGUACUUUGGGACUCAGUUCAUGCAGCGUCGCAAAGCAUUCAACAAUCUCAACGGCUUGUUGAAAUACUGGAACUUGACGCUCGCGAUUUUUUCAUUUAUCGGCUGCACUCGCAUUUUGCCGUACCUUCUCUACUAUAUGUAUAGAAGGGACACAAAGUGUUUGUUGUGCGUGCCGCCUCAGUUCACGUAUGGCCGAGCCGCGCCGGGGCUUUGGACAGCGAUUUUUGUGUAUUCGAAGUACCUCGAGUUGUUUGACACUGCUUUCAUCGUUCUUCGAAAAAAACCUUUGAGUUUUCUUCAUUGGUACCAUCACGCUACUGUUUUGGUUUUCACCUGGCUGGCGUACGUCAGAGCGAUGCCGGCAGGCGUAUUUUUCGUUUCUAUGAACUACUUCGUUCAUAGCUGCAUGUACUUUUACUACUACCUCGCGUCAUGCGGCAGAAAGCCGCAGUGGGGAAUGAUUCUCACGAUUUUCCAAAUUACGCAAAUGAUAUGCGGAUGCGUCAUAGUAGCUACUUACGCAAUGUACAUGGCGCAGUCCGAGGCGUUAGCCUUAAGCAAUUUGGAUCGAGUUGUCGAUGUGACUGCUGAAAAUCUUUGCGCGAAGAGCGCUGUAACGAUGGCUACCGGAGCCAUCAUAUACGGUAGCUACUUGUAUCUGUUCACGCAGUUUUUCAUAAAUCGGUACUUGUCUAAGCGCAAGAAAAACUAA